AUGUCAACGCCUUCCACGGCUACUGCAACCCAUCCUUCUCGCCAGCAUUACGGCUAUCCCCAUUCCUCAUAUCAAGCGCCUACUGGCUAUUCAGCUCCCUCUAACGCUGCAGGGGCUCGAAUCUCCAAUCAAUACCCUUACCCUGUUCCCUCUCCCACAUCCACAACCACUCUUCCUUACACUCCUUCUUCGAGAGUCGCGCCAGCAGCCUCGACGCCAUCCGGUAUGACAUCUCAUCAGAGCGGCUCCAGUUCCGCCCCAUCACAAGGAGGUCGGAGAAAGAAACCUGAUUGGGGCGAAUUCUACAAGAAUGGCAUCCCCAAGGAGGUCAUUGUGAUUGACGACAGUCCCGAGCCUGAAUCUUCAAAAGCGACUAAUCCUCCAGGUCAGCGUGCCAAUGCAGCCCAGUCAAAAGUGACUCAACCUGCGAACAAGAGGCGACGCACGGGAAUUGAGACUGCCCAUGACUUGGGCCAUGACCGACCGUCUUACUCAAUCAACCCCCAGCAUUUUGGACCAGAUUCCUCAAAUUCUCUAUCAACAGAUAGAACUACAUCCCUACACACCACUGCCCCCACCUCACUUGGCUCUCAAGGGAGUGCAGGCGCCAGUAACGGAUACGGUCAGGAUGGUACCACGACUGGUCAAAAGCGCAAGCGCACUACCCGGAAAUCCACUCGAGAUGAGCAAAAGCGUAUCGAACUUGAGAACGCUGGGGAUGCUUUUCUUAGCUACAUCCCCCCACCUCAACCUAUCAUCAAAUCCAAGGAUGUUCCAGUGCCUGUCAUUCGUGAUAGCGCUGCCUCGCGCCAAGACAAAUUCGACGACGACGAUGGCCACUAUAUCGUGACUCCUGACACCCCAUUGACUGACAGAUAUUCCAUCAUAAAGUUGCUGGGACAAGGAACCUUUGGUAAGGUGGUCGAAGCAUAUGAUAAACAGCGAAAAUCGCGAUGUGCAGUCAAGAUUAUUCGUUCCAUCCAAAAAUAUCGAGAUGCAUCUCGCAUUGAGCUGCGAGUACUAUCCACUCUGGCAUCAAACGAUAAAACCAACCGCAACAAGUGCAUUCAUCUUCGAGACUGUUUUGACUUCCGGAAUCACAUCUGCAUUGUGACCGAUCUACUCGGCCAGAGUGUCUUCGACUUCUUGAAAGGCAACGCAUUUGUUCCCUUUCCAAGCAGUCACAUUCAAAGCUUUGCUCGCCAGCUAUUCACGAGUGUUGCUUUCCUCCAUGACCUGAACCUCAUCCACACUGAUCUGAAACCCGAAAACAUUCUGCUUGUCAAGAGUGCUUACCAGACCUUCACUUACUGCCGUACCAUCCCCUCUUCUACCAGUGCCAAUCACCGCGUUGCUCGCCAACGUCGGGUCUUGUUGGACAGUGAAAUUCGACUCAUUGACUUUGGAUCUGCCACAUUUGAUGAUGAAUACCACUCUUCAGUUGUUUCCACGCGGCAUUACCGGGCUCCUGAGAUUAUUCUGAACCUGGGCUGGAGCUUCCCUUGUGAUAUCUGGAGUAUUGGGUGCAUUCUAGUGGAAUUCUUCACCGGCGAUGCACUCUUCCAGACUCACGACAAUUUGGAACACUUGGCGAUGAUGGAGGCAGUGAUCGGUCAGAAGAUCGAUGCGAAAUUGGUACGGCAGGUGAUGAGUGGCCGAGCUGGGAGUCACAACUCAGCAAACAAGUACUUUUUGAAGAACAAACUUGACUAUCCCAAUUCGGAAACAAGUCGGGCUUCUCGGAAGUAUGUUCGAGCGAUGAAGGAUUUGCCGGAGUUUAUACCUGUCACAACGCCAUUCAACCGAUCUUUCCUGGAUCUUUUGCGUCGGAUCUUUCUUUAUGAUCCAAAGAGCCGGAUCACAGCCAAGGAGGCAUUAAAACACCCAUGGUUCAAGGAGAGUUUGAUUGACGAUGGCACAGAAGCACAUCGACUCGGCAACGAAAUGCUUCGUAAUGCCGGCAUGCUCUGA